AUGCAUUCUCUAAGUACAACUCAGAGUAUCUCUGGUACAGAGGAUGACAAGCUGGGAGCUUGUCACGAUCUGCCAGUACAGGCGGGGAUCAUGAUGGUUCGUUUUGAUCUCGAGGCGGGGAUCGUGAUGCUUUGUUUUGAUCUUGAGGUGCAAGACACGGAGCAGGGGGACAGCAAACUGUUCAAAGGCAACCAGGCCAGAAAACUCCUGUCUGGAGCGAGUGGGGUUCACCGGGGUCUUCUUGUGAUGGUCGUGAGGCAAAUGAGGGAAACUUCGGACCGUCUCUUCCAGAUGACAGGAGAUGAAUUCCCAGAAGUGGCUGUAACGGCCAUCUAUGGGGUUGGGAGCACUUUGGAGUCUGGGGAUGCUUUUGGGGGCAUGACGGGCGUUGUUGUCCCAGCUCCAACGGGGCUCAACUGGGCCGUGGGGCAUGACGGGAGCCACAGUCUCCCUCUCCCCGUUCCGAGCCGGCUCAUGCCCCCAGCCCGCCCUCGGCCCCGGGCGGGGCUUCCCCGUCCCCGUCCCCGUCCCCGUCCCCGUCCCCGGCCGUCCUGCCGCGGUCUCUCCUCCGCCCGGCUCUGGCUGUACUGGCAGUGGCGCUGCUGGGCGGGGAUCAGUGCCUGGUGCGGCAUCGCCUCCCUUUGGCUCCGCCUGUCCCGGCCCCGGCCCCGGCCCCGGCCCCGGCCCCGGCCCCGGCCCCGGCCCCGGCCCCGGCCCCGGCCGCAGCCCCAGCCCCAACGUGGAUCCCAGUCCCGGUCCCGGUCCCGGCGCCAGCUGCUCCCGGAGCCCGCAGAGCGCACACAGGGCGCGGCCGCUCCCGCCGCCUCCGUUGGGGCUUCCCCGGCCCGAGCUCCGCCGCUCGGCAGCGCGGCCGCUGGCCCCGAGCCGCCGCUGUCGCGUUCCAAAGAGCGAACGCCAGGGGCUGCCCGGCCCGGGACGGCUGAGGGGCGCUCGGGGCCCGUGUCUGGCCCCGGGCCGAGCGCUGACAGCCGCGUCUCGCCGGCAGGGAAGGUGGAGCACGGCAUUAAGGAGCGCUACCAGCUCGGUUCGCUGCUGGGGCGCGGCGGCUUCGGCAGCGUCUGGGCGGCGACGCGGCUCUCGGACGGCGCCCCGGUGGCCAUCAAAAGGGUGCCACGGAACCGCGUCCGACACUGGGGUGAGCUGCCCGACAGCACCAGAGCACCAAUGGAGAUCGUGCUCCUGGACAAGGUGUCCACUGGCUUCCCUGGUGUUGUCCAGCUGCUGGAGUGGCUUGAGCUCCCCAGCGAGAUCCUGAUGGUGCUGGAGCGCCCGGAGCGGUGUCAGGACCUCCGUCAUUUCAUUCGGGCACGGGGGUUCCUGUCCGAGGAGGUGGCGCGGCAGCUGUUCCGCCAGGUGCUGGAGGCCGUGCAGCACUGCACCAGCUGCGGAGUCCUGCACAGGGACGUCAAACCAGAGAACAUCCUCGUUGACCUGGCCAGCGGGCAGGCAAAACUGAUUGAUUUUGGCUGUGGCACCUACCUGCAGGACACAGCCUACACUCACUUUGCAGGAACACGGUCCUACAGCCCCCCGGAAUGGACCCGCUUUGGCUGGUACUAUGGCAAGCCAGCUACCAUCUGGUCCCUGGGCAUCCUGCUGCACCAGAUGGUCUGUGGGAAGCACCCUUUCAGGAGGGGCCGGAACAUCAGCUGGAACCAUCAGCUCUCACUGCCACAACGGCUCUCUCAAGACUGCCAAGAUCUGAUCAAAAGGUGUUUAUCCAUGCUCGACAUAGAAAGGCCCUCAUUAGAAGACCUGCUUUGUGACCCUUGGAUGCAGCAAAUUCACGAAGUGUUCCAGGUGGGGUCCAGUGUGGAUCAGGAGGUGCUUGGGACCAGCUGCGGUGUGGACGGGCCGUGCGCUUGGAGAAGGCUGAGGACAUCGUUUGGGACCAGCUUUUCUGCCAGCAGCGAUGGCAUGAGGGCUCUGCUGCAGCUCAGCACCGGGCCCGAAUCAGCCAAAGGAGAAAUGGUGUGA